AUGGCCACCCCCGGGCUGAGCGGUAUCUCCCUGCUCCCUGGCUCGCCACACCGGCUGUGCCCCCGGGCAGUGGUCAGAGGGGGCCAGGGCCCCAAACACGGACAACAACGCCUCCAGGUGCCGCGUCCCGGAGCCCGGGGUCUCCAGGGCAGUCUCACCCGACGUUCCAGCCAGGCAUCCGGUGGAGGGAGCUCCCCAAACAGCUCCGUCAUCAACAACUAUCUGGAGGCCUGCGAGCCGCUGUCCUCGGAGCCCCGUCUGAGCCGCAUGCACUUCCACGACAACCAGAGGAAGGUCGACUACGUGCUCGUCUACCACUACCGGAAACGCGGGGCGCACCCCGGCCACGGCUCCCCUGGCCACUCGCUGGCGAUCGUCUCUAAUGGCGAGACGGGCAAGGACCCCGACGAGGGGGCUCCCGGUGACCUUGAGCCGGGGCCGCUCGACGCCCUGGAGGAGGCGAGGAAGGAGCAGCGGGAGGAGUUUGAGCGCAACCUGCUGGAGGCCGGGCUGGAGCUGGAGAAGGACCUGGAGAGUAAAAGCCAGGGCUCCGUCUUUGUCCGGAUCCAUGCCCCAUGGCAAGUGCUGGCCCGAGAGGCGGAAUUCUUGAAGAUCAAAGUUCCCACCAAGAAAGAGAUGUACGUGAUCAAGUCAGAAGACAGCAUCGCGAAGACGUUCAACGAGAUCCUGCAGCAGCUGAGCGCACCCCUGAAGCCCCGAGUGCCCGAGCACAGUAACGACAGGAUGAAAAACCUCUCCUACCCGUUCUCCAGGGAGAAAAUGUACCUGUACAACAUCCAGGACAAGGACACCUUCUUUGAUAAUGCUACCCGUAGCCGCAUUGUACACGAGAUCCUGAAGCGCACCACAUGCUCUCGAGCCAACAACAUGAUGGGUAUUAAGUCUCUGAUAGCAAAUAAUAUCUACGAGGCUGCCUACCCGCUGCACGACGGUGAAUAUGAUAGUCCAGGGGAUGACGUGAAUGACAGAAAGCUGCUGUAUCAAGAAUGGGCACGCUAUGGGGUGUUUUAUAACUUUCAACCUAUUGACCUCAUCAGAAAGUAUUUUGGCGAAAAAAUUGGACUGUACUUUGCCUGGCUGGGCAAAGUACCAUCACGUCCCAUCAUUGUCCCAUCAUCCGUCAUCGGGGUCAUCGUGUUUCUUUAUGGAUGUGCAACGAUCGAAGAAGAUAUUCCCAGCAAAGAGUUGUGCGACCAACAGAAUGCCUUCACCAUGUGUCCCCUGUGUGACGAGUCCUGUGACUACUGGAACCUCAGCUCAGCCUGUGGAACGGCGCAGGCCGGCCACCUGUUUGACAACCCUGCCACUGUCCUCUUCUCCAUCUUCAUGGCUCUGUGGGCUCCAAGUCGUCAGCUUGCCUUUGAGCAGACAGCUUUCUUCCCUGUGGUCUUCGCUAGGAAGCAGCCCUUCGGGAGUGGGGGUGAGGGUGCUAACUCGCCCAGAGGCCAGAGCCACCCACCCUCUGUCCCUCCCGCCUGGGGUGCGCGCACCACGUGGGGCGCCAAGGAAAGCAGCGGGGGCGGGGCUGACAGCGGGGAGGAGGAGAAAGGGGCUGGAGAGCCCCCCCUCCCGGGGCAGCAGCGCCUGGCCCAGCGCCUCCCUGUGGAACCGGCUGGCAUGGCCCGAGAGACCCCUUUGAAGGCCGUCGAAGGAGGCCUGCCAGACCUCAGGAGUCUUCGCUCUGAUACGGGAUGGCCUUCAGCUCAGUGGCCUCUCUUGCCCGAUUCCCUGCUGCACUCAGGCCCCGCGUGCCCCUGGGACCCCUCGGAGAGGGGGCAGCCCCGGCCUGAGUAUGAAACCAAAGUUCGGGAGAAGAUGCUGAGGGAGAGCGACAAGUCUCUGGUCCAGAAAUUGGGAACCGGUGGGACUGAGGAUGCGGAUGAUGAAGACAAGCUGACCUGGAAAGAUCGUCUCCCAGGUUACUUGAUGAACUUCGCCUCCAUCUUGUUCAUGAUUGCCCUGACGUUCUCCAUUGUCUUCGGGGUCAUUGUCUAUCGCAUCACAACUGCUGCUGCUCUGUCGCUCAACAAGGCCACACGCUCCAACGUCCGGGUGACUGUGACGGCCACGGCGGUCGUCAUCAACCUCGUCGUCAUCCUCAUCCUGGAUGAGAUUUACGGCGCCGUGGCCAAGUGGCUCACCAAAAUCGAGGUUCCAAAAACAGAGCAGACAUUUGAAGAGCGCCUGGUACUCAAGACUUUCUUGCUAAAGUUUGUCAAUGCCUACUCACCCAUCUUCUAUGUGGCCUUUUUCAAGGGGAGGUUUGUGGGCAGACCUGGAAGCUACGUUUAUGUGUUUGACGGUUACCGCAUGGAAGAGUGCGCCCCUGGAGGCUGCCUCGUGGAGCUGUGCAUUCAGCUCAGCAUCAUCAUGCUGGGGAAGCAGUUGAUCCAGAACAACAUCUUCGAGAUUGGAGUCCCGAAGCUGAAGAAACUAUUUCGGAAGAUGAAAGGUGAGACAGAGGCUGGAGGAGCUGACUCCGCCUGUUCAAAGCAUCCAGAGCAGUGGGAUCUAGACUACGGCCUGGAACCAUACACUGGACUGACGCCAGAGUACAUGGAAAUGAUCAUCCAGUUUGGUUUUGUCACCCUCUUUGUGGCCUCCUUUCCUCUGGCGCCGGUGUUCGCCCUCCUCAACAACGUCAUUGAAGUGUGGCUUGAUGCAAAGAAGUUCGUUACGGAGCUGAGGCGGCCAGAUGCUGUGCGAACCAAAGAUAUCAGGAUUUGGUUUGACAUCCUUUCGGGCAUCGGCAAGUUCUCUGUUAUCAUCAACGCUUUUGUCAUCGCGAUCACCUCUGACUUCAUUCCCCGCCUGGUGUAUCAGUACUCCUACAGUCACAACGGGACUGUGCAUGGCUUUGUCAACCACACCCUCUCCUUUUUCAACGUCAGCCAGCUGAAGGAGGGAACGCAGCCCGAGAACUCACAGUUUGACCAGGAGGUUCAGUUCUGCAGGUUUAAGGAUUACCGGGAGCCGCCCUGGGCCCCGAACCCAUAUGAGUUUUCCAAGCAGUACUGGUCCGUUCUGUCUGCCCGUCUGGCUUUUUUCAUAAUCUUCCAGAACCUGGUGAUGUUCCUGAGCGUCCUUGUGGAUCGGGUGAUCCCUGACAUCUCCACCGACAUCAGUGACCAGGUCAAGAGGGGAAAGAGCCUGUUUGUGGACUUCGUCCUGAAAGAGGAGCAGGAGACGCUCAGGCCGACGGAGGAGCCUGCCUGGGGGAGCCAGGGCGCCAGCCGGCGCAGUGGGGGCAGCCCGGCCGCCAGCCCCGUGCCCUCGGGCCGGAGCCAGCCGGGCAGCAGCACGUCCCCGGGGUCCCAGCACACCAGUGUGUGA